CCCAAGGUUCAAGAGAUUCUCCCCGUAAUCAGGCUUGAGCCAUUUUGGCUCAAGCUACUGCGGAAGCCAAGCGCUGCGCCGUGGAAACUUAGAUCCGUCCUAAAGAUGUGAACUCUUAUUGUUUGCUUGUCGGCGCGGAUGGGCGAAUAUUGGAAACACUUGGCUGCCAUCACCGUGUUCUUUCCCGUUGCGCUGUCCGUCGCAGCCUUGAUGGCCUGCCGAUGAACUGCCAAGCUCGGGGAAAGUAUCUUCCCGUCCAGCUGCGGCUCUCUGCAGGUCCUCCGUGACGUCAUUGGCACGCCCGGCGGUGUCCUCCGCACCGUUAUCAGUUGCGACGUCUUCCCUUUUGGCCUUAACAGCGCAGCUGGCGACGUCUUCCGCCCCAUCCAGAGUUUCGACGUCUUCCCGUCCAGUUUCAAUGCUACAACCGUCGACAUCUUCCAUCCAAUCUUCAGUUGCGAAGGCUUCCCUCCCAGUUUCGACGGCAGAAACCGCUACGACAUCGAGGAUAGUCACAGAACCAAGACACGCUCUUUUUGAGCCACUUAUGGAAAAACGAGGAGUGAAUCCAUCAGCGAAGGACGAAAUGUUUUUGUUUUGCCACGCAUGCUCCUACAACCUGAUGGCCGUACCAGCGUUCUGGUAUUCCGGACGUAUGGGUGCAUUUGGCAUGGUACCUGGGACUGAUCGUCACUUGUUCCGCUACGUGCCGCCUAUCUGGUCUUUUGCAGCGGUUUUCUCGCGCCUUGGGGCAGACGUGGUGCUGACGGUAGACCAGAAGGAUCAUUUUGAUGAGAUGCUGAAGAACUUCAGCCUGGUGAAGAAAAUGGGUAGAACACCCAUUUUGAUUGCGGUGAAUUGGAUCGAGUUGAAGAACAAGGGACUUAACGAUUUUCUGAAGAACGCUGGUUAGAGCGGUGCUUACAUGAUAAUGUGCAAUUCAGUGCCUUUCAUUUAGGGCGGUGAGAAAUUUUACAAGUCUUUGGUGAAGGGCUUGGCGAAGUUUAAUGCGGAUGAGUUCUGGGACUACUCUCUCGCAAACUUGGGGUAUUGCCGCGAACGCAAUAUGAGUAUCAAGAUGCGCUACGUACCACCCAGCGCUGCUGAGCCUCAAGACGUUGCGGUGGAUUUAAGCCUUACGCUCAACUAUGAUGGCACCGUCGGGUUUUUAGGGAAUCGGCCACUUCCCAGAGAAUGGAUUAGAUGGAGCACGAUCAGAACCUACAUGAUUUCAUUCAUGGCUGAUUCCUUGCAUGGGUUGCGCGCAGUCAUUAGUCAUGCUCCCGUGCAGAUAUAUUUCCACCGGGUCAUGGACCCUUUGAGUCCGCUUGAGUCAUUCCGCAUCUCCCAGCUUGCGACAAAUGGUGCUUGUGUAGUUUCACAGAGAUGGCAUCCAAAGGACGAGGCAAUGUUCGAGGGUGUUGUGCACUUUGCAGACUCCGAGAACCUCGAGUCGGUCUACAAGAACAUCAGCAGAGACGUGCGCGGGUGCCAGGCCAGGACGAGGGAGCUCUACCAGAAGGGGUUCGGUGCCUCGGUGCUGCUCGAAAAGUCCGGGUUCAUGAGAGAUUGGCGCGCCACAGGACACGGCGGCUUCCCUGGCUAAUGAUGUUGCCGUCGGUCCUUUUGCGUAUCGGGUGCUCUUGGGACGCGCUGAACACCAAGCACACCAGAGAGUGACGACAGCUGCGCUCGAAGCUGUAGUUGCACUCCAGCCCGCAGGCAGGCUCAACGUUUUGUCGAGCAGAAUCUGGUGAUUCAUGGCAGAUUAUUCCUUGGUAGUGUUGGAGUCUGGAAUCACCCGUUUUGUACUGCGUACAUGGUGCAUGUGCCACUUUGCAGAUCGUCCAAAUGAGCUCCUCCUCACUCGUAUUAAGUCGGGCCUGUCCUUCUACAGGGGGGAUAUUUUAUUUUACAUCCAAAAUCCGCCUGUAGGGGGACAGGCCCGACCUAACACUCGUGCCCUCGUCCUAAUAUUCCUUCUGAGGUACACAUCGUACUUGGAAGCUUGUAGUCCCAACCACGCCGCCGAGGCCUCCAGAAGUCACGCGUGAAGCCCGCGGCCCCGAUUCCUGGGCGCUCUUGGGCACUGCGCUCCUGGGAGAAUUCGAAGGGACCCGAUGACGCUCCAUUGUCAGUGCCUUGCGGCACGGUAGUGGAUUCACGUCUCUUUGGGAGACAUUUUCUUGCGCAUGGAAGCAUGACGGUGGCAAGUCCAAGUCGACAGCACUGUAAUGUUCUCCUCCGUUACAACGGACCAGAGUGGACAAGAUCAUAGCUGCGAGACACAUCAAGUUCUACAGGUUCUCUUCAGUCAUGGCACUUGUACCUUGCGCCCUUGCGCGGGCGCCACCAUAUUCGACUUCCAUCUGAACCGUUGGAGCUUUGUUGUAUUUUCUAAUGGACCGCGAUCUGAGUUCAAUUCCGCAGUGCACUGCUUGCGAGAAUAA